AUGGGAGCCUCUUCCCUCAGUCCAACCUCGCGACCACGGGUCUGGAACAUUGUACGGCAACGAUUCAAAGACAGCUUACAUGAUGAGACUGAUUUGGAGAUCUGCAUGGAGACCUUCUCCCUUGACAUCCUUUUGUCACAACUCAAGAGCGUGGCGAAGGCUCACCGAAAUGAAAACUUUCUGCUAGCGAGGCUGUCCCGGUUUCGUCCAAGCCUGGUAUACUUGAAUGACUUCAUGACUGUGCUGGUCUUAUCGUUUGCCCUUGAUGGCAAAGCCGGCGCUCUACUAUGGGGUGGAAUCUGUCUUCUGCUAUCACUACUGGCGCCCUUGGAAGAGAUCUUUAGCGAGGUCCAGACUAUGCUCGAAGAGUUGAUUGCGGCGCUGCCUGGGAUCCAUCCCUUUGAGGAUAAUAUCAUUUUGGAUGAAAAGCUGGAGACCGCCAUGGUUGGCUUGUAUACUGAGUUGGCGCUGUUUUGUGCGCGUGCUAUCAGUUUCAUUCGUGUGCGGCGUCAGCAUUUGUCUCCAAUUCGGCAGUCAUGGCCGCAGUUAAGUCGUGAGUUCCAACAAGGCCUUAAGCGUGUUCAGAUGCUAUCCCAACAAGUGGAGCGAGAGACUCAGCGCGCAGCUACCACAGCGGCUCUAAAAUGGAACAAUGAAAUAAUCACUUUAUUUCAGUCGCUGAGUACUGGCCAUAAGCACGCUGGCCCAGAGCUACCUUGUUUUCACAUUCCAUUAACAUUGAAUGACCGUUUCUAUAUCCGUGAAGGCUUGUUGGAUCAGAUCUCCGGUACCCUGAACCCUAAAGCUGGUCGCUCUGGCCCGCGUGCUUUGGCGUUGUAUGGGAUUGGUGGAGCAGGGAAAACCCAGACUGCAUUGCAAUAUGCCUAUCGUGCGCGGGAGCAAUAUGAUGCUGUUCUUUGGAUCUCCGCCGAUAGUACCGUUAAAAUGGCACAGGACUACAUGGCUGUCGCACGACGCCUCGGUGUUCUUCCCGAAACGCAGGAGACUCAGGACGCGUUCGGGGCCAUGGCCAAAAUGAAGUCUUGGCUCGCAGAUACAACGUGCUCCUGGCUUCUUAUAUUCGAUAACGCAGACAACUUGGAAGUUCUGGAAUAUGGUUGGCCAAAUGGUGUGGUAGGAUCUAUCCUAAUAACAACCCGUGAUUUUAAUGCCAGCCUACAUCCCGCAUCACAGGGUCUCCAUGUGAAUGUUUUCGAUAACAAGAUGGGUGCCGAAGCUUUGCAACGACUCCUCGGGCCUAGCUAUGACUAUCCGAGUAAUACCCCAUUAAUAGCUGAGCUCAAUGAACAACUAGGAGGUUUACCCCUUGCCCUGAACCAAAUCAGCAACUACAUCCGGCAGCAGAAGAUGGGCCUAAAGGACUUCCUCAUCCUUUACCAAAAUAACCAGGAAAAGCUGCACAAAAGACGGCCGGCAGCGUUUGAUUACCAGCACACAAUUGGAACGGUGUGGGAGUUUGCCUUGGAAAAGCUUACCGGUAAUGCAGCUGUCUUACAACGCCUUCUGGCCUUUCUUGAUCCUGAAGCUAUUGACGAGGCCACCUUAUGCAACGCCGCCUCUACACUUUCCAAACAGGCCUCACUAACUGACUCUAGUCUAAUGUUCCUGGCAGAUCCAAUCGACUUCGAGGAUGCCAAAGCAGAACUCCUCCGGGCUGCAUUGAUAGAUCGUGACCCACGGACCAAAAGCAUUUCUGUCCACCGUUUGAUCCAACAGGUGACGCUUUCAGGGCUUUCCCCUGUAGAUAAAACUCGAUAUUUUGAUCUGUGCUGUCAGCUUCUAUGUCAGGCCUUUCCAAGUUCAUGGACCGACCAGGAGCAUGUUUGGGUGUAUCAUGCCUGGAAAGCUUGCGAGAAAUGCUUGCGACACGUAAUGUUCUUAGCGGAGAGGUUUGCGCAGGUUGAGGGAGGAUUGAAAUGCUUGGAUACGUUUAUUGAGCUUCUGCUUCGAUGUUCAUGGUAUCUAUAUGAGGCUGAAUACUACGAGGAAAGUCUAAACCUCCUCCAGGUCUGCCUGCAAGCCUUAGAACGGAAGGGAGACACGAACUCUAGCAGAUAUGCACAGGCUCACAACGUGACGGGUCUAGUACAAGUAGAUCUUCGGGAAAAUAAUAAAGCACUGCAAAGUCUGAAAAUAGCGUUGAAAAUACGGGAAAAAAUAUUACCACCCACCGACUGGGGAAUAGGAGUCAGCAUCAGUAACGUAGGCUUCGCCUAUACUGAGCAAGGCGACCUGACCCAAGCUAUGAAUUACCUCCAGCGAUCCCUAGAGUUCCGAAAGGCAAUCAACUGCAGAAUGGUGGACAAUUCCUACGCUAAUAUUGCCAGUUGCCUUCUGCGAAUGGGAAAGCCAAACGAGGCUGAGGCCAUGUACACUUCCGUUCCAGAUGUCCGUGAUUUAACCGAUGAACAACUCCUGCGAGAGAAUCUGCCCCGGUAUUCCAGUGGCAUGCAGCUAUUGAGUAUGAUACGACAGGCUCAAGGUCGACUAGACGAAGCUUUAGACUUCGCCUCUAAAGUCCUUCAGUUCCGACGACAGAAGUUCGGCUCUCGCUUCAAGACUUGUGAUUCACUUUGCCAUGUUGCCAAGCUUAUGCUACUGACGAAGAAAUCUAUGGCUGCUCUAGCUGAGGGUCAUGCAGAUGCAGCAGAGUGCUUGAGAGACGCUAUUCGCGCAAAGGAAAUUGCUCUGGGACGUCUUGGAAGUGAUUAUGACUCUACCCUGGCAGACGAUGAUGAAGCGGCGUAUACACAGCUAGUGGCAUGGUUACUUUGGUGA